UUGAAUCUGGUGGUGGGAGACCAGAGGCACUUGUACCUUCAAAAGGCAAUGACCUAGGUGCUGAGAAUCUUUGAUGAUCGAUGCCUAAUCUCCCUGUGGAACAAAAAGAGCCAGAUCGCGGAGUCCGUGGAAGCAGAGUCCUGGGCUUUGGCUAAGUGGGCUUCAGCGUAAGGGGACUUCGGUAAGCCUGUGUGAUUGCUCGCUGAGGGGAAGAAGGCAGCCGCAACCUCUGCCAGACACAUACUUAAGAUAAGUCUUCAGUGGUAGGUCUUCCUCGCCAGUCCCAAAACAGAGGUUGAUAGGCAACCUCGCCUCGCGCCCAAACAUCAGGGUUUCAAGCAUGUCUAGCAAGUUUCGAUAAAACCUCUCGGGCUGCGGAUCACCCUGUGGAUGAUAAGGCAUAGUCUUAAGUUUGAGUCUACUCUUGAAAUCCCAUCCCUGAUCUGCCUGGUGAAACCAUAAUAAAUGAAAUACUUCUCCCGUAACACUUUGGCCACCAUGGACACCCUCUGAUCCUUGGUUUCAAAUGACAAAGAAUUUACGAACAGGAAUCCCAAACACAACAACAUGUCUCCAGACAUUUAAGGGGUGACCAGAUAUUUCCUUUGUGACAUCAAUAUAUCAGUUGUUGAUCCUUGGAGAUGAAGAAUAGUCUCAUCCCAGUGGGAAACAUGUUUUGUGUCUGAAAUGAAGUUUUCUGUUCUAACACAGUGAAAUCUAUUGGAACCGGGGAGCUGAGAACACACCAGCAAUGGUUCACUGGAGAUUAGUUUUGCAACUCAUUGUUUGUACCUAACCCUAAUGUGAUUAAUGACGUCUGAUAUCUUGUUCUCUCAGUGUGAAUAAGGAUUUUCUCACUCAGCCAACCCACAUUCACACCAGUGAAGUCACAGUGUGGAGAGGCUCAGUGUAUGAGACGAGAUCCAGUCAGUUGUCCAGCCUGAAGAUACGUCAGAAAAUUCACAGCAGUGAGAGUCCAUUCACUUGUUUCAUGUGUGGGAAGAGAUUCACUCACUCAGCCCACCUGCAGACAUACCCAUGAGUCAGUCAUUUCACACUGGGGAGAGACCAUUCACCUGCUCAGACUGUGGGAAGGGGUUUACUCGGUCAUCCAGUUUACACAGACACCGGGAAGUUCACACUCGGGAGUGGUCAUUUACCUGCUCAGACUGUGGAAAGGGAUUCACUCAAUUAUCGAACCUACUAGCACAUCAGCGAAUUCACACUGGAGAGAGACCAUUCACUUGCUCAGAUUGUGGGAAGGGCUUUACUUGGUCAUCCAGUUUACGGAGACACCAGAAAGUCCACUCUGGCGAGAGGCAGUUCACCUGUUCAGUUUGUGGGAGAGGAUUCAUUGGAUCAUCUGACUUACUGGCACACCAGUCAGUUCACACUGGGGAGUGCCCAUUCACCUGCUCAGAUUGUGGAGAGGGAUUUAUUCUUUCAUCUCGUCUGAAGGAACAUCAACGAGUUCACACUAGGGAGAAGCCGUUCACCUGCCUAGACUGUGGGAAGAAAUUCAGACACUCAUCCAGUCUAAGGAAACAUCAGCGAGUUCACACUGGAGAGCGGCCUUUCACCUGUUCCAUUUGUGGAAAAGCAUUCAUUCAAUCAUCUCACCUAUUGGCACACCAGUCAGUUCAUACUGGAGAGAGGCCAUUCUCAUGCAUUGAAUGUGGCAAGAGAUUCACUCAGUCAUCCCACCUACUGAAACACCAGCGAGUUCACACUGGAGAGAGGGCAUUCACCUGAUCUAAAUGUAAGAAGAGAUUCACUUGGUCAUCCAACCUUGUCACGCACUACCAAUUUCAUACUGUGGAAAAUGUUCAAAUAAGAUGCAUUCAGGAUGUUUAAUCAUCACAGUUGUUUCAUCCAGAGGCAAGGUCAAAUGUGACUGUUGGUUUUGAACUCUGCAUUUAUUGUUACUGUUCAUCAAACUCAGUUCUACACCCUGAUCACUGGAUAUACAAGGAGAUCCUUCUGCUGAUGUUUACCUGUAAUGGGACUGAAGUGUAAUAUUCUGAAUUUGUGACAAAUGUAUUUUAUCUCUGCAUCGAGAUGAAUGACACUAGUAGUUAACCACCCUACUCCCUGCUAAUUUCAAUGGUAUGGGUCAUUUUCACUGCUUCUUCAGGGCUGUGUAUCACACUGCUGUGUUGUUAGAAUACACCACUGUCCUCUGAAGUCCAAGAGCUGAAUGGAGAACCAUCAAUUGGAUGUUUAAUAGAGCAGGGUUAGAAGCCAGAUACGGGUUAGCACAGGGCACAAAUAGGGGCUCUGGACAGUGGUAAGGUAAGAACAUAUGAUGAGGUGCAGAGAAACAGGUGGGGAUAGGGUGUGUAGCAAUGAAUGACAGAGUAGCAGCAUUUGGAAAGUGAUUAUUCAUGGCUUCUCCCUCCUUCCUUUCCAGUCCUGAUGAAGGGUCUCGGCUUUGAAGUGUCAACCAUUUAUUCCUCUCCAUAGAUAUUGCCUGACCUACUGAUGUGCAAUAUUUUGUGUGUGUUGCUCUGGAUUUCCCAGCAUCUGCAGAAUCUCUUUUGUUUAUGAUUAACUAAAUGUGGUUUCAUUAGUGUCUGGAAAAAUCUGCACCAUAAACUCUAAACCUCUAUAUUCAAAGCAGGUGAGUGUGCCAAAAGCCACUUUCACUACUCUUUUUUCCAGCAUCGGUCAGCCAUGCACGUGCACUCCAAGGUUUCUUGGCCCUGCAACACUCCCCAGGGCCUUACCGUCCACUAUGAAAGUCUAACCUGAACUUGGCUUUCCAAAAUGCAACAUCCCAAACUUGUCUGAAGUAAACUCUACUUGCCGUUCCUCAGCCCAUGUAUUCAGCUGAUCAAGAUUGCCCUGUGAUUUGUAUAACCUAUUUCACUCUCCAUGAUACCACCUAUUUCAGUGUCAUCUUCAAACUUAAUAACCUUGCCCUGUACAUUCUCAUCCGAAUCAUUGAUAUAGAUAACAAACAACAAUGUGUUCUGCAUCAAUCUCCACAGCACAGCGCUGGUUAUGGGUCUGCAGUCAGAGAAUUAACCUUCCAACUUCACCAUCUGCAUUCUACCAUCAAGCCAAUUGUGUAUCAGAUUAGUCAGCUAUCCCUGGAAUCAGGAAUCCAGAGCAGUCUACCAAAGGUCAAAGCACCUUGAUUAUUGAACUGUAUAUACUAUAUACAGCUUUGAGAUUAGUUUCCUUACAGGGAGUCACAAAGCAAAGAAACCCAUUUAAAAAAGGAACUCAAUCGAACAUCCAAUGUGCAGAAAAAAGAUUGUGUAAACAAUAAAAAUAAGCAAAUAGCAUUCGGUAUUGACGUUCACAGAAGUGAGUCCACAAAGACUCAAACCACAAUUAUUUUCAAAGAAUGUAUAAGUUAUACACCUUGAAAUUUGUCUGCUUAUUGGCAGUCACAAAGCAAGAAAUUCGGAAAAACCCAAUUAAAAAAAUAAAAAAACAUUGUGUAAACAGUAAAUUGAGAGUAGGGGAGAUUCAAACAAGAGGACAUGAUUUGAGAGUUAGGGGGCAAAAGUUUAAGGGUAACACGAGGAGGAAUUUCUUUACUCAGAGAGGGGUAGCUGUGUGGAAUGAGCUUCCAGUAGAAGUGGUAGAAGCAGGUUUGGUAUUGUCAUUUAAAGGAAAAUUGGAUAGGUAUUUGGACAGGAAAGGAAUGGAGGGUUAUGGGCUGAUUGUGGGCCAGUGGGACUAGGUGAGUGUAAGCAUCGGCACAGACUAGAAGGGCCGAGAUGGUCUGUUUCAGUGCUGUAAUUGUUAUAUGGUUAUAGAGCAAUAGCAUUCCGAACCAGACUGAGUACCAGAUCCACUCCCAACAGCCAAAGUUGGUCCAAGUCAAGACUUAGUCCCCAGUGUACACACCAGUGGGAAAGAAUCGCAGAGCAGCUGAAUCAGUUCACAGCCUCUUCGCCAUGGAGAAAGGAAUGAACAUACAAGAGAGAGCAAUCAAAAUCAGACCCACCCUCACCUCUAAACCCAUCCUUUUGCUCAUACGUGCAGAACCCCUUAGGGUUCUCCUUCACCGUGUCUGCUUGUGCAAACUCAUGUCUUUUAGAAACCUAGAAAAUCUAGAGCCCUUCAGCCCACAAAGCUGCGCUGAACAUGCCCUUACCUUAGAAAUUACCUAGGGUUACCCAUAGCCCUCAAUUUUUCUGAGCUCCAUGUACCUACCCAGGAGUCUCUUUAAAGACCCUAUCAUAUCUGCCUUCACCACCGUCACCGGCAGCCCUUCCACACACUCACCACUCUGCGUAAAAAAAUUUACUCCUGACAUCGCCUCUGUACCUACUUCCAAGCAUUUUAAAACUCUGCAUUCUCGUGCUAGCCAUGUCAGCCAUGGAGAAAAGCCUCUGACUAUCCACAUGAUCAAUGAUUCUCAUCAUCUUGUACACCUCUAUAGGUCACCUCUCAUCCUUUGUCGCUUCAAGGAGAAAAGGCCAAAUUCACUCCACCUAUUCUCAUAAGGCAUGUUCCCCAACCCAGGCAACAUCCUUGUAAAUUCCUCUGCACCCCUUCUAUGGUUUCCACGUCCUUCCUACAUUGAGGCGACCAGAACCGAUUACAGUACUCCAAGUGGGGUCUGACUAGGGUCCUAUAGAGCUGCAACAUUACCUCUGCUCUUAAACUUAAUCCCACAAUUGAUGAAGAUGAAUGCACCGUAUACCUUCUUAACCACAGAGUCAACCUGCACAGCAGCUUUGAGUGUCCUGUGCACUUGGACCCCAAAAUCCCUCUGAUUCUCCACACUGCUAAGAGUCUUACUAUUAAUACUAUAUUCUACCAUCAUAUUUGACCUAUCAAAAUUAACCACCUAACUUAUCUGGGUUGACAUGAGGAACUCUGCAGAUGCUGGAAAUUCAAGCAACACACACAAAAUGCUGGUGGAACGCAGCAGGCCAGGCAGCAUCAAUAGGAGGAAGUGCUGUCGAUGUUUUGGGCUGAGACCCUUUGUCAGGACUAACUGAAAGAAAAGAUAGUAACAGAUUUGAAAGUAGGAGGGGGUGGGGUGAAGCUAAGAGCUGGAGAAGGGAAAGGAUCAUGGGAUGGGAGGCCUAGGGAGAAAGAAAGGGGGAGGGGAGCACCAUAGGGAGAUGGAGAACAGGCAAAGAGUGGUGGGCAGAGAGAAGAAAAAAGGGGGAAAUAAAUAAAUCAGGGAUGGGGUAAAAAGGGGAGGAGGGGGAUUAACAGAAGUUGGAGAAAUCAGUGUUCAUGCCAUCAGGUUGAACUCCAUCUGCCACUUCUAAGCCCUCGCAUUAGGGUUUAGGGUUAAUUCCUUCCUAUCAAUUUCCCACUGUAACUUCUGACAGCCCUCCACACUAUCCAUAACACCCCCAACCUUUGUGUCAUCAGUGAAUUUACUAACCCAUCCCUCCACUUCCUCAUCCAGGUCAUUUAUAAGAUUUUACUAGAAUGUUACCUGGGUUUCAGCACCUAAGUUACAGGGAAAGGUUGAACAAGUUAGAUCUUCAUUCUUUGGAACGUAGAAGGUUGAGGGGGGACUUGAUAGAGGUAUUUAAAAUAAUGAGGGGGAUAGAUCGAGUUGACGUGGAUAGGCUUUUUCCAUUGAGAGUAGGGGAGAUUCAAACAAGAGGACAUGAUUUGAGAGUUAGGAGGCAAAAGUAAGGGUAACACGAGGGAGAAUUUCUUUACUCAGAGAGUGGUAGCUGUGUGGAAUGAGCUUCCAGUAGAAGUGGUAGAGGCAGGUUCAGUAUUGUCAUUUAAAGUAAAAUUGGAUAGGUAUAUGGACAGGAAAGGAAUGGAGGGUUAUGGGCUGAGUGUGGGCCAGUGGGACUAGGUGAGUGUAAGUGUCGGCACAGACAAGAAGGGCCAAGAUGGCCUGUUUCUGUGCUGUAGUUGUUAUAUGGUUAUAAAAAUCAGGAAGAGUAGGGGUUCCCAGCACACAUCAAUGAGGCAUACCACUGGUCACUGACCUCCAUGCAGAACAUGACCUGACUACAACCACUGUAUGCCUUCUGUGGGCAAGCCAGUUCUGAAUCCACAAAGCAAUGUCCAUUUGGAUCCCAUGCCUCCUUACUUUCUCAAUAAACCUUCAAUGGGGUACCUUGUCAUAUACUUUGCUGAAAUCCGUAUACACUAUAUCUACUACUCUACCUUCAUCAAUGUGUUUAGUCACAUCCUCAGAAACUUCAAUCAGGCUUGUAAAGCAUGACCUGCCUUUGACAAAGCCUUGCUGACUAUUCCUAAUCAUAUUAUGCCUCUCCAGAUGUUCAUAAAUCCUGCCUCUCAGGAUCUCCUCCAUCAAUUUACCAACCACUGGAGUAAGACUCACUGGUCUGUAAUUUCCUGGGCUAUCUCUACUCCCUUUCUUGAAUAAAGGAACAACAUCCGCAACCCUCCAAUCCUCCAGAACCUCUCUGGUCCUAGGCCUACUGGGUCCUAGACUUCCUGACUGGGAGACCUAAGUCAGUCCGGAUCAGGAGCAGCAUCUCCAACAUCAUCACACUGAGCACGGGGGCUCCCCAGGUUUGUGUGCUCAGUCCACUGCUGUUCACUCUGCUGACCCAUGACUGUGCUGCAACUCACAGCUCAAACCAUAUCAUGAAGUUCACCAAUGACACAACUGGUGGGUCUCAUCAGCAAGAACGAUGAGUCAGCUUACAGGGAGGAGGUGCAGUGGCUAACGGACUGGUGCAGAGCCAACAACCUGCCUCUAAAGAUGAACAAAACAAAAGAGAUGGUUGUUGACUUCAGGAGGGCACGGAUCGACCACUCCCUGCUGAACAUCGACGGCUCCUCAGUAGAGAUCGUUAAAGAGCACCAAAUUUCUUGGUGUUCACCUGAUGGAGAAUCUCACCUGGUCCCUCAACACCAGCUCCAUAGCAAAGAAAGCCCAGCAGCGUCUCUACUUUUUGGGAAGGCUGAGGAAAGUCCAUGUCCCACUCCCCCAUCCUCAUCACAUUCUACAGGGGUUGUAUUGAGAGCAUCCUGAGCAGCUGCAUCACUGCCUGGUUUGGAAAUUGCACCAUUUUGGAUUGCAAGACCCUGCAGUGGAUAGUGAGGUCAGCUGAGAAGAUCAUCAGGGUCUCUCUUCCCGCCAUCACGGACAUUUACACUACACGCUGCAUCCGCAGAGGAAACAGCAUUAUGAAGGACCCCAUGCACCCCUCAUACAAUCUCUUCUCCCUCCUGUCGUCUGGGAAAAGGCUCCAAAGCAUUCGGGCUCUCACGACCAUACUGUGUAACAGUUUCUUCCCCCAAGCUAUCAGACUCCUCAAUACCCGAAACCUGGACUGACACCUUGCCCUACUGUCCUGUUUAUUAUUUAUUGUAAUGCCUGCACUGUUUUUGUGCACUUUAUGUAGUCUAGUGUAGCUUUCUCUGUUUUUUUUAUUACAUAGUUCAGUCUAGUUUUUUGUACUGUGUCAUGUAACACCAUGGCCCUGAAAAACGCCUCAUUUUUACUAUGCACUGUACCAGCAGUUAUGGUUGAAAUGACAAUAAAACUUGACUUGACUUGG